AUGUUAAACACACAUUUAGAUAAUGAAAAUCCCAUUUUACAUAAACAUUCUAACAAGACUUAUCUACCAACUGACGGUGACGAUGUACCUCUCGGAGAUAGUAAAUAUGACCUAGAACUAGGGGAUUCCUCUAACCUAGGAGUCUAUUACAGCGAUUGUGGACUUCCCAGUAAAACUGGUUCUGAUCUUCUUGAUUAUUCAAACGAUUACGAGUCGUUCGAUGAAGAGGUAUUGGUGAAGGUUGUUUAUAUACUUUAA